AUGGCACCAGCGGCUAUGGCGCCAGCAGUUCCACCUUCUCCUCCUGCAGCGCCAGCUUCAUCGACGCGUAAAACAACAAACGGGAAGAAGGAACCCCCUGCUGAUGGCGAAAAGCCGAAAAGAGGACGUCCACGUAAAAUUAAGCGUUCCGAAAAAUGCCUCGACGAAGAGUUGUGCGAGGAAGUCACUAAUGGGAUUGAAAAAGAUCACUUAGGUGUACCGGAGAAGUCUGCUCUGUUUUUUUGCCACAACCACAGUUUAGUUCUAUUUGGUUCUCACCGAUCUUUGGAAUUUGAAAUUCUUUUCCUUGGUGCCUUUGAUUGA